GUUUUCUCACAUAACUAAUAUAAAGGGAAAUUGAGGGGCUGUGACUGAGGUAUAAGUGGGGUGCGCUGAUAGACAAAUAACUAUGUAUGAUAUGUGUAGGGAUCCCCCAGUCUGUACUCAAACCCCAAAUUAAUUUAAUGGGGCACAAUUCUAAAUCCACCCUAAACAAUGUGUGCCCUUCUGUGUCCCUUCAGCAAUGAAUGUUAUUAUAUGUGAGGAGGAAAUUAAGGAGUUAAUUAGGAGCAGAUCAUUAGAAGCGUUAACGAGCAGCUUGAUGAGUACAUGUAUUGGGGCAGAGUUGGGAAGUUUACAUCUCAUUGCUCCAAGCUACGUGACUGGUUGCUAAACGAUGAUGAUGAUGAUGAUAGAUCUAAGCCCAAUGGGGGGUAAUUAGAGCUCUCUGAGGCGCCAGUGUCAGUAUAAUUGGCCUUUAAUUGAUUUCCAGCAGCAGCAGCAGGUACAUUACAGUCACGGCACAGAGAGAGCAAGACUUUAGCACAUUUAGCAGCACAGCCAUUCCCAGGGGCACCCCAGCAGCACCCAUAAAUAGCCGUGGCACCAUGUCAGGCACAAUGUGGGAGCCACUGAAUGGGCACAAUCAGCAUUAUGACAGAUCUCUGUUGGAGCCCACCAUGACAUCAGACAAUAAGACCUGCUUCCACCCCACUACUUUCUCUCUGCUGGGAAUUCCUGGAUUGGAACCCUUCCACAUCUGGAUCUCCAUCCCGUUCUUCUCCAUAUUCCUUAUUGCAGUUGUUGGGAACCUUGUAGUCCUUCAGAUCAUUAUAUCGGAGGUUAGUCUCCAUCAGCCCAUGUAUAUCUUCUUCACUGUGUUGUCCAUCAUUGACUUGGUUCUGGCAAAUUCCACCAUGCCAAAGCUGCUUAGUAUCUUCUGGUCCAACUCCCAUGAGAUAUCCUACCAUAUGUGCCUCUUCCAGAUGUUUCUUCUCCAUGCAUUCUCUUCCAUUGAGUCUGGUAUCUUCGUGGCCAUGGCUUUUGAUCGAUAUGUUGCCAUAUGCAAUCCACUUAGGUAUAGAGUCGUCCUGACCACUGGGAUGAUCAUCAAAACCAGUGUUUUAGUCGUUAUACGUGGAAUUAUUUAUUUCCUACCUCUGCCUCUUCUGGCCAAGAGUCUUUCUUCCUACAGAAGUAACAUCAUUCUCCACUCAUACUGUGAGCACAUGGCAGUGGUUGGACUUGCCUGUCAAGAUGUUUCCCUCAAUGACCAUGUAGGCAUGGCUUUUGGGUUCCUGGUACUAGCCAUGGACUCUUUGCUCAUUUUAUUGUCCUACAUAAAGAUUCUGAGGGCUCUGCAGAGCUUGACUGCCACCGCAGGACUCAAAGCCUUCAGCACUUGUGUAUCCCAUGUCUGUGCCAUUCUAACAUUCUAUGUUCCUAUCCUUACCUCUUCCUUGGUGCACAGGUUUGGGAAGAACGUUCCUCACCACACUCACAUCUUGUUGGCCAACUUCUACCUCCUCAUACCCCCCAUGCUUAAUCCCCUGGUCUAUGGCAUCCGGACUAAGAAAAUUCAAGAGAAAGUGAGAAAAUAUCUUUAUCUAUUAUAAAGCAAUAAUUUUCUUUCUACAAGUAAAAUGUUUGGGUCUUUACUGGGUCAGACUGGCACCAGGGAAUAUCCCAGUGGAUCCGUGUCUUAGUGGGUCACAGCCUAGGACAAUUCCAUCAGUCUAUUUUAUGUCCAUCCUUGAUUCAUAUAAAAACCAAUACUGUUUGGCACUAUUUAUUUCUAACUGCUGUGAGAGUGGCCCUAGGGUUCUCUGGUGGGCCCUACAAGACCAGUUCCAACAUGGACUCUUUAUAUUCUGUCAAUGGAAAAAUAUCAAACAUUUGUAAGGCAAUUUUAUACAUUGUAAUAGAUUAUUGUGUGCCCAGAACAGUUCUUUUCUGAAUAUUUGUAUUUAAAAAUAUGGGUAGGAACUGCCAUUUUUUUCCAUUGUGUGUGGGAGGGACCUCUAGAAGAGGGACGUGCCUUGUAAAGUGAUCAUGGUCAAAACAUCACUAUCCUCCCAACUUCUUUCUGGCCCUGAACUGUGUAUGGAACAAUAAGGUGCCCAUAAGUGGGACAGCACUGAAAUGGGGCAUACUUCCCCUUUAAUCCAAAAGACGAGUGAUUUUUGCUAAUUAUUUCAGUGGUUCUGUGUGGGCCCCCUGGGUUGGGUGUGAUAUAUAUGUAUGCCAACAUUAUCCCCGGGGUUCAUGGGAAGUCCAAUGCAAUAUCAAGAAACAAUGGGUCAUGACCAGAGAGUUUUUGGCACAAACAGAUAGAAAGUUUGUUUCCUGUUUUCUCAUGAACUGUUUCCCCUUUUUAGAAUUAUUAUCAUUUAAUCUGCUGCCAUAUAAACUCACACCCACCUGCAAAUAUAAUGCAGUAACGUAGAAGAAAGGGUGCCCUGAGCACAAGAGCUUACAACUAGAAGGUGAACCAAGGGGUGUCAAACCUUAACUACAAGUCCCACAAUGCUGUGUGGGAAUUAUAAGUAAACCUGGGUAUAUAAUGGGAGACAUACUCUGACUCUCUAUGUGCUGGAGGGGGAAAGGUACUGGGGUUGUUCACCUUUAAACAAACUGUUAGUUUGAUGUAGAGAGUGAUAUUCUGAGACAA